AUGGAUGAAUUACCUGCGGCGGCAGGUGAGCCAGAACUUGCAAAAGUCCAUCUUCAGUCUUCAUGUUGUGAUUUCAUAUCGGGGGAACAUCGUUUCUUCAGCAUCAUCACAGUGGAGUGCAGCCCAGUCCUCCUCCUCUUCAUCCCCAGUGAGGGCAGCCCAGUCCUCCACCUCUUCAUCCCCAGGGAGUGCAGCCCAGUCCUCCUCCUCUUCAUCCCCAGUGAGGGCAGCCCAGUCCUCCACCUCUUCAUCCCCAGGGAGUGCAGCCCAGUCCUCCUCCUCUUCAUCCCCAGUGAGGGCAGCCCAGUCCUCCACCUCUUCAUCCCCAGUGAGGGCAGCCCAGUCCUCCUCCUCUUCAUCCCCAGUGAGGGCAGCCCAGUCCUCCACCUCUUCAUCCCCAGUGAGGGCAGCCCAGUCCUCCUCCUCUUCAUCCCCAGUGAGGGCAGCCCAGUCCUCCACCUCUUCAUCCCCAGUGAGGGCAGCCCAGUCCUCCACCUCUUCAUCCCCAGUGAGGGCAGCCCAGUCCUCCACCUCUUCAUCCCCAGUGAGGGCAGCCCAGUCCUCCACCUCUUCAUCCCCAGUGAGGGCAGCCCAGUCCUCCACCUCUUCAUCCCCAGUGAGGGCAGCCCAGUCCUCCACCUCUUCAUCCCCAGUGAGGGCAGCCCAGUCCUCCACCUCUUUGUCCCCAGUGAGUAUAGCACAGUGACCCUACAGUCAAGAUAGCUAACCCUCCACAGUACCUUCUCUACUAUCUAGCCAGCCCGGACAGAAGCACAAAACAAUCUAGAAUAUAUAGAAAAAGUCAUCAUUACUUAUUUAUUCCUGUUUACAGUGUCAGUUUCAACCAGGCACUGACGUUAUCCACCUAAGAAACACUGAUAAGCAGAUGUGGGAGCAGCUGACCUGUAAUAAUGUUCAGGCUGGGAGGAGAUUUACGGCAUGUGUUAUAAGAAUGGAAAAAACAGUCAAUCAUAAUCAUCGAUUGUGAUCUUUUUCACGCUGAGAUUUUCUACAUGACAGAGGGCAGACUAUAGCUACCACUCUUAUCUCCCUCUCAGCCCAGAUAGCCUAGCGUUCCAUAAACCCUCCUGAUAGCAGCACAACCAGUCUUCCACACACACCACGGAUGCAUCCCAAAUGGCACCCUGUUCCCUAUAUAGUGCACUACUUUUCACCAGGGCCCAUAGGGUGCCAUUUUGAGACUCAUUCUAAAAACUAUCUACAUCCCCCAUGGCUGAUUUUAUAUCACCAUCGCUGUCCUGCCAGACAUCGUAGACAUCAUUAUUACUGAUCUGCAUCUCAACAAUGUAACGUAUUCCGUCGUCACAUUCUCUUGACUUGGAUGAGGUGUUAGAUGGAAGAUGCCCUAGGAAGAGGAUCAGGAUCAGAGCCUGUAUCCACAAAGAGGUGAUCUAGGAUCUGUUUUCUUUUAGAGCAUAAUGAAUAAGACUAAGGACAGCCAGGGGUGGGACCUGAUCCUAGAUCAGCACUCAGACUUGAGGCUUUUUAAAUACAGGCCCUGGA